GAGACUGAGCAGUCCGAGCAGUGUGUGAGAGCAGAAGAAGAGGCGGAGGUUUGAGGCGGAGCUCCUGCGCGCUGCACCUUCCUUUUCCACAGUGGCAGUCAGAGAGACACCAUGAAGGCGUCUGGCACACUUAGGGAGUACAAAGUUGUUGGGCGUCUGUUGCCCUCUACCAAGAACCCAGCUCCUCCUCUGUAUCGCAUGAGGAUCUUCGCCCCCAACCAUGUGGUGGCCAAGUCUCGCUUCUGGUACUUCGUCUCUCAGCUGAGGAAGAUGAAGAAGGCUUCUGGAGAGAUUGUGUACUGUGGCCUGGUUCAUGAGAAGUCUCCCCUGAAGGUAAAGAACUUUGGCAUCUGGCUGCGCUAUGACUCCCGCAGUGGCACCCACAACAUGUACCGCGAGUACAGAGACCUGACCACCUCUGGCGCAGUCACCCAGUGCUACCGGGACAUGGGAGCUCGUCAUCGUGCACGCGCUCAUGCUAUUCAGAUCAUGAAGGUGCAGGUGAUCGCAGCCAACAAGUGCCGCAGACCUGCCAUCAAGCAGUUCCAUGACUCCAAGAUCAAGUUCCCCCUGCCCCACAGGGUUCUGCGCCAGCAGCACAAGCCCCGCUUCACCACCAGGAGACCAAAAACAUUCUUCUAAGUUGUAUGUUUAUGCUGUUAAGUUUACUGGGGAAUAAAAAAAAUCACAAAGUC